UGCAACAUGCCAGGGAAUAAUCACGAUAGCUUCGAGCGGUUGCCCUGGUGCCGGCUUGGCUGUUGCAGUGGUUGCUAAAGAGAGUGGGCGUGCGGCUUCCUCUGGGGCGAUCUGAUUUCUCCAGGAGCGUGGUUAAGGCACGCUGAGGAGGAAUCGUCCUCCGUGGAGCAGGGACGCGACCUCUCCUGCAGCAGCGGCGGCUGUGCCGAGCAGGCAGCUCGGGUGCCCGGGCACGCACAGAGCUGUUCGCUGAGGGGCAGAAAAGCGAUCGGCGCCUUCAUCUGUCCUGGGAAAACACCACCAGCAAAGAGCCGAGGCAAGAAGUUUUCAGGGCGGCGGAGGGAGCAGCACCGAAGGCCAGCGGCGGCUGGCGGGCCGAGCCGCGGCGCUCCGUGAGGGCCCGCUGGGGUGGCAGGAGCGGCAGGGAGGGACGGCCGCCACCUGCACGUGACCUGCCGUCCCUGUGGCACCGCACGGAGCGGGCAGGAGCCGGGCGCCUUCCUCCGAGCGGCCAAAAGUCUGCCGGGCGCCGGGGCGGGCAGCGGCCCCAUGUCGUGGGGCGCAGGGCAGCAGCUGCCCGCCGGGCUCCCCCGGGCCUCGCUGCGGAAAUCAGGUAAGCGCAGGGCCCCGCUGCCCCCGGGCCCCGCUUCUCCGGUGCUCCCUGCUGCGGGCGGGCUGCCUCAUCCCCUGGGAUUGCGCUGCGCUCUGUACACAGCAUCGAUGUACACGGAAAUACAGCGGGAGCGACCAGAUGGUGGGAAUAUCCUGACUCACCCAGACUACAUAGAUGGAAACCCAGACCUCAUCAAACCUAAAAAGCUCCUAAAUCCUGUAAAAGCCUCAAAGAGCCAUCAAGAGCUGCAUAGAGAGCUGCUGAUGAACCACAAAAGAGGUUUGGGCGUGGACAGCAAGCCAGAGCUGCAGCGAGUGCUCGAGCACCGACGGCGAGACCUGCUCAUCAAACAGAAGAAGGAAGAGGAAGAAGCAAAGAAAUUGCAGUCUCCUUUUGAAAAAGAGCUAUUAAAGAGGCACCAGAGGCUGGAUCAGCUGGAGAAGGAGCAGGAGAAGCAGGAAGACCAUGCACCAGAAUUCAUAAAAGUCAAGGAAAACCUGAGAAGAACAUCAACGGUGACAGGGGACGAGAAAGCAGCAUAGCUUCUGCCAAAACCCAACAAGAUCCUGCCAAGGCCAACACCCCCACUGAAAUCUCUGUACAGGGUGAACAUUCCCAGCCACACCAUUGGGGCUACUUGCAGUUAUUAACACUUGCUCCAGUAGAAGGCACAGAAAAGGUUUUCCCAGACCAGGAGGGAAUCACUGUGGGAAAAGUGCAGUAUUUACCAAAGUACUCACACAAGUGGAUGCAGAGAGAAUGGUGUUAUUUUCCCCCCAGACUGUGGGUGCACACUAACCACCAGCUAACUCUUGCUUAACUCUAGAAACACAGUGAAUAUUUCAAACAGGGAGGUCUGUGUAGGAACAGCCAGGGGGACUCCUGCUUCUCUGUGGAAGCAGGUUUGCCAGGCACAAGGGGACAAGAGGGCAGCUGCAGCUCUGGAGAGCCUCCUAGAAACCUGGUAACUAAAAGGGACAAUCUGUGUAUUACUGAGAACAGCCCAAGUGACCAUAAUGGCUUUCCCAAGAGUCACUGGCUUUGCAUCAGUGUGCCAGUCAAGUGUGGCUGAGGCUGUGUGUCUCACCUGCUCUAUCAGAAAUACCAACCUCUGUGUGCCCUUACCAGAGCAGCACAGGCAGGUGCAGCUAUACUUCACAAGCAGCUUUAAACAGCAUUUCAGCCAUUUCAAAGUGGCUUUUUAGGCAGAAAAUACAUUGGGCUGCUCCAUCAACUCCCCAGGUGGAAGGCAAAUGCUCUGUGCAGAAGGCAAAGGCUGGGUGUUCCCAGCAUGGGUGUCCAUGGAAGUGUGCAGUGACCAGGCAGCAGAUCCCUGUGGAUGCAGCAGACAGACAGACAGACAAACAGCGUCUUGCCCCUGCACUACUGACCUUCAUCCCCUCUCCCAGCAGCUGGACAUGUGCUACCAUAGGGCCACCAGAAAUGCCCUGGGAUGGAGAGGGGGUGAUGUGGUCAUGUCCCACUGGUGCCAGGCUGUCCCGUUAACCACCCUGCAUGCAGCUGGUACCUGUGGGCACCAGGGGGUACAGGGCACGUAGGUCCUGGUGCAAAACUACUUGUCAGUGCUCCUCAUCCCCUUUUCCAGAGGUCAGAGCUGCCUCAUUGCAGUUGCCACUUCACAAAUCUUCUUCUUUGCUGCUGGUAUAGCCAAGCUGAGGUGGAUGGUGCAUUUGCACCAUGUUUGGGCAGAGCCUGUCACACUCACAGGGCACCUGUGCCCUGGGAUAUCUAUCUAGAGCUAGGAGUGUGUUUUCAGGAAUAUCUCAGCUUCUUGCUUCUCACACCAACCCUGAUACAAAGCCUGAACAGCAUAACUCACCAACUGCCUUUGGACACUGGCUCUUGAAUGGCCUCAGCAGACCUCGUCAGCUGGGCAGGUAAUACCUGGUUAAUCCACAUUUAUUAUCCACAUCUUCAGUGGAUCUAUAUGUAACUUAAGGGAAACUGGGCAUUUAUACAUAUUUAUUAAAAAGUUACUAAUCCAUUCUCUAGUCUCCUGGUCCAGUGGGAUGUUUCAUUUCAGAGGGCUGUUGCUUGACCUGGCAGCUUGAGUAAAAAAUCUGAGCCACCUCAUGUGUCAAGAGCAGUGAUACAGGUAUGGAGCUUCUGUGACAGACUGGCCUAUAAAAGCCCUUAACUUGAGCAUCCCAUCUCAUGGCACUGUCUCUGCUGUAGUUUUUAAGGCCCUUGCUCAUAUGCUUAUUUUAAACAUUAUUUUAUUUCAGAAAUCCAGUGCAUAUUGUCACUAUGGGUAAAAAUUUUAAAGGAUCUAUUCACAGCCUUUCCAACUGUGAAGCUUUUUAUACAGGUUAUGACUAAAACCAUAAGGAAGAAGAAGCAUCCAGUAUUUUUUCACAGGGGAAAAAAAAAGCCAAAUUUCUCCAAGGAUAAAGAAGUGUUGUUAAGGAUGCUUGCAUAUAGCUGUAAAGAACACUGCAUGAUGCUCCAUAGGUAACAUCAGUAACUAUGAUACUCAUAGUAACAAGCCAGAAUUACUGUGCUGAGUUUUUGUGAGGAGUUAUGGCACAGAUUAAGUAACCUUGAUCAAAGAGCUCAAAAAAAUUCAGCAAAUUAAUUUGUAAUUUUGCCACAGAUGGAAACGCACUCCAGGAGAGGCAAUCUGUCACUCCAUAUGCACCAGUGAAAUCCAUGUUAUCAGCUCACCCAGGCUGGGACAGGAGCAUUUAUGCAAGUCCUUGGGUGGGAGCCAUCCAGUAAGGUCAGCAGUGAAGAGGCAGAAAGAAUUUUGCUGCUCUUCUUAAGUAUUCAAAUAUUACCUGGAGGGGAAAAAUAAAUCAAAGUAUCUCCUUUUGUCUACCAAGCACAGAGAGGGGCUGCACACAACGCAGUCCAUUGUGGCUGAGGGUGUCUGGGUCAUUUCCAGCAGAGGUCCCAAAGGGCAAGGAAGGGCUGGGUGACACUGUCCCAACCCAGGCUGGGCUAGCAGAGUCACAAGGAAUCCUUCCAGCAGGGACAGGCAGCACAGGCAGCACCCUGGGGCACCCAGCAGGGCAGAGAGAGCUUCAGCCCUGAGCAGAGCUCCAGGCUCCAGCCCUCGGAGAUGGCACAUGGGAAAUGAUCCUUUCACUGCUGAAGUACUGGCUUAAACAUCACAGCAUUUUCCAGCACAGCUCUUCUCACCCCUCUGAACUGAUAACCCCCAGCUGGGCUCAGACACAGAGCCUGUACAGCUUUCACCUAUGCUCUUGGGCUUCAUGCAACAGCAGUGAGGAGGUGGCACCCUAAAAAAUCAGGGUAGGUAUCUCCAGGAAGAUUUUGGGGUAUCUUUGUGUCUCUUUCUUUUGCAUUAUUUUUUUCCUAUGCUUCUGAAGCACAUUCCUGAAUUAAACUGGUGUAUCCAGAAGGUACAGAUUAUCAGAUAAUAUUGAUGGAAGACAGUUUUUUGCACUGUGUAUGUUGCUUGUGUGGUAUAUAGUCUGUAUUCUGUGUUGGUGUUUAUAAAUUUAUAUAAAACUAUAUAUCAGGCACCUCUACUGAAUUAACUCACUGUUUAAUGUGGACUCUUCUGAAGAAAUAAACUAAAUGAUGAUUGUAUAUUUUGCUCUUUUCCACAAAGAACUGAAAAAGUUCCAAGGAUACAAACAGACAACAGCCAAAUAAACUGAA